GAUCACUGGCUGUACGGACCCCUUCACUCACACGCCGCACGUUCGACACAUCAGCUGCUCUCUGCCCGACAGUCCUGCUGGAUUUACCACUGAGCACAGGAGGAGUUUAACCGGCCGCUGCAUCCUAGGAAGGUACGUUUAACCUCUAACCGCGUUUUUAUCAAACCUCACCAUCAGAGAAACAGCAGGUAUUACACUUGUUCAAUCUUAUUUGUUAACUACUAUGGUUUUUGUAUUUGAAAUAAAUCAUGCGGCGGAAUUUGAAUCAGACACGGUGAUCAGGGAUGUUGAUGUAAAGAGAUAUAAAACAUGACAAAUGAAAGUAUUCAAUGAUAGUCAUUACAGCCAGCGUUUGAGGUUUUAUUAUCUAACAGUGCAUGCUGCCAAAUUUACUAUGACUAUGAGGAAGUCCAUUGUGUCUGUUACCAAACUGAUCUAGAGCCUGAGCCUCGUCUAUAGGCGACUAACCGGAUUAUUCCUUUUGAUAUAUUUAACCAAAACCAUCUACUUUGUCAUAAAUCAAGGUUAUCACAGUUUUUUCUUUUUUAAAUAUAUAAGUCCAGCCUGUUUGUGUGUUUGUGUGUGUGUGUGGUGCUCGGCAUCUCUGUUCAUGUGCCCCACCUACACAGGUACACCGAGAUACUGAGAGCACAGAGCCGCCUGAUAGUGGAGUAUUUUAUCAAAGAAAAGUGUGAUAUUUCAAUAUAGUAUGUGUUGCUGUCUGAGCUACAGCAUCUAUUUGAUUUUUUGUCUAUAACACUGAAGGUAGAAGGCAUGUGAGGUGCAUUUAAAGGCCCAGGACAUGUGGGUGUUUUUAAGAUACAAGCUAUCAUGUGUUUUUUUCAUUACAGCAGAUUUAAACAGAGAAAUGCUCAAUAGUGUUUACUUUGUUUUCACAUUGUUAAAGCUGUGUUAAAAGCGAUAUAUAUCAUACAUGUUUUUGUAAGAAUAGGCUGGUAUAGUGUUCCUCUUCUUGACCAAAAGGAUCCUUGUGGUUUAGAUUACUCAAGAUAUAAUAAAGUUAGAUGUCGAUACAGACAGUGCUGUAGAUAGAUUUGUGUAUUAUGUGAUGGAAAAUGUUAAGAAAGGACUCUAAGGUUGGAUUUUCAAAGAGCAGAGAACAAGUUUGGUUGUAUUUCUUAUGUCUGAUAUCUUGGAUAUUGAUACUUUACAAUAUAACACUAGCUGUAUUCAGUCACUUGUGCUCAUGGCGGAUCCUUUAAGCAGGAGCCAUAUUAAAUCCUGCAGCUGGAAACUGUUUUUUCGUGAAUGUUGAAGAUUGUCCAAUCAGUAAAUCUCUUCUUUAGACGAGGAACUACAGAGCAAUUAAGUCUCUAGCCUCCAAAAUCCACCUCAGAUAAGUGAAAGUGUAGAUUAAACCUCUCAAAAAACAGAAUUAGUCUGAAAAGGCUGUUCCCACUUCCCACAUGCGCUGAUAAGUGCAUGUUUUGAAGGAUGUAAAGAUCCCACAAGUAAUUAAGCGUCCAUUAUGUCCGUUGUUGGUUUGGAGUUUUCAUGCGUCAUACUGUGAACAAACAGUGCCAGGCUCUUAUUUUGUUAAACCCUUCCCCUCCACAAGUGUCACUUGUGUUGAUGGGCAGUCUGAGGGGGCUGGUCGUCAUGGUGGCAGACCCCUGCACCCAUUGAAUAUACAAGCAAACAAUGUUUUUGAAUGAUUUUGGUGGUGGCAGCUGGCUGAGCUUGAAUGAGUGGUGAAAGUACCGAAGCUGGAGGCAGUAAAAUGUAAAAGAAACUUGUUCCCGUGUGACGUCAUGAUAGGGAGAUUUAUGGUGACAAUAAUUCUGUGUGGCAAUGAUUGGUGUCCCUGAGUGCUUUGUGGAUCACUGUGGAGACUCAAAUGUUUGCUGUUUGCGUUUGAUGGUGGCUGGCCUGUGUUUACUGGCUCAGGUGUUACAGCUGCAAAACAAACAGGUCAUUGUGGUCUCAACAACUGUGGUCUCACUGCCACCAUCUGCUCGACUCAGUCUCUGCCUUAAUUCAUGUUUACUGGGCUUCAAAUACUGAACAUUGAAAGUUUUUUUUAGACAAAAACUAACUUGCAGCUUUAGUCUACGGGCAUUUCAACUGAACCUGUUUCUGUCUUGGAGUCACAGUUUCUCAAUGUGCUGACCCUGACACCUUCCCUGUGUCAUAUCAUAACCAUUACUCUUUGUCUGCGCAGGUCAGUGAUGGUCAGUGCUAGUUAGAGCCUGCAGCCGAGGAUGUCUGCUACAGAUUCGGACAACUCCAUUGACUGGCUGGCGAGUGACAAUGAGGACAAUGAAAGCGAACGGGAGUCUGACUGUUCCAGAAAGCACAGCCAGACAGUCGCACCUCGAUCCCCCAGCGCCACCCCCCCACACCUGGGCCCGUCUGACAGCAGCUGCCGCCGGGGCAGCGAGGUGAAGGAAGGCGACAGCGACUGGAGCGAGGUCAGGCAGGCCUCCGGCCGGGGAUCUCCCCCCGACUGCAGGGAGACGUGGGACAGCUCCAUUGGACUGUAUAAAACACAACAAGGAGGAAAAACAAACAGCAAGAACACUCAGCAAGCACUGAAGAGGCCUCGCAGCUUCACCGAGGAGGAACGGCAGCUCAUUUCCAACGUUUCAGAGAAGAAACAGCUUUUUAGUCGGAAGGUGAGCGCCUCUGAGUGAAGUCUGGGGGUGGGUUACAGAGGAGAAGCCAAACUAGAGCAUGCCCUAUCACCUAGAUCUGCUCCCCUGCUGUUUUUACGGAUGUCUCAUGUGUGACAUUUCCAGUUAAAACAGCCCUCCCUUAUAGCCCUAUAGGAAGAGUUAGUCACUCUUUUCUGAGUCAUCUUAUCACAAACCAAACUGAGUCCAUCAGUAAAGCAGCAGGAGGGGGGAGAACUUGAGUGAAGCAUCUUUUGGCAUGUUUUUUGACCGAGAUAUAACCUACAUUUUAACCUAUUUUAUUUUUAUUUUCAGUGCAUGGAGCUACAAUGCUACAUUCACCCGCUGUCAUCUAUACUGAAUGGCCUUCGUUCAGGGAGAUACAGAGAACGUAAGUCGAUUAAUCAUUUUUGUUCUUGUCUCUGAAAAAAAAACCUCAGACAUCUAUUAUUUACCACAACCUGUCAACCCCUGCUCAUUUUUUUCCUGCUUACUUGUGGGUCUGAGGGAAAUAUAACACUUUACAGACAGUAUGCCAUCCCUCAUGGAAUAAAUGAGAUUGAAGAGUGAGAUGUCUGAAACAUACUGUCGUGAUUUAUUGAAUAACCACAAGUAUUUCCUUUGUGUCUAUUUUUUAUAGUGGAGCUCAUUGUAGGUGAAAGUUCACAGACAAGCUACACUGUCCACUUUAAGAGCAACAAAAUUGGUGGUUAUUUUUUUUUUUUCAUUCGAGAACAACCUGUAAAUGAGCUGCUCGGCCAAAGCCACUGAGAGCACAGUGUCUGUAAAUCAGCUGCUGUUUGUGCGAGAGGCACUUUGAGAGCCUUUCAAAGAUAGUGCCAUGUCAGAGACAGCCUUUAAAAACCUGCUUAAUUUGGGAUCUCUGUCAAACCCAGACCUCAAGUGACCCAUCACUUCCUGGCCGUAGAGGCAGGGAGUCUGUUCCCCUCCUCCUCACACACACACACACAUUUCACACAAUCCAUCUGCUCCACAGACUCAACACUGUUGUCGACAGAGUUCACUCGGCUCAUAGUACAUGUUUCCCCUUUUGCAGGACUCAGCAGUUUCCAGGAGAGUGUGGCCAUGGACCGGAUUCAGAGGAUCAUGGGUGUCCUGCAGAACCCCUGCAUGGGGUGAGUUCCCUCAGUGUGCCUCUGUACUGUUAAACAGUAACCUCUUUUGUCUAAAGCUUUGCCGCGUAUCCCAUGUUCAUACACUGUCUCGUUUUCGGUCAACAUUCAGAUAAUGCGGAAAAUGUUUCUUACUGUCAUGUGGGUCAAAGUGGUCUCAAACAUGUCCGUGACACAUGGCUCACAGCAGGCCGCCCUGGAAGGAGCUACAACCCCCACGCAUUCAGGAUAAAUUUCUGCCGUGAUGGCUGGCAUGCACUUUAGCCGGGUAUCUUGUUAAAAAUGUAUCAGGCUCCUCUGUGAGAGCAGCACACUUAUGUCUGCCUGAUUAGCCCUCCACUGACCAGACGGCAUAAUGGAGUAUGAUAUCACCCCUUAAAAAGAGAAAGUCUCCUUCCCCUGUGAUGUGAUAACUUUGACUCAUUUUGAUGUUACACAUUUUGUUUUUCAUUAUCUGAUAGCAAACCUAACACUUUUCGCCUCUUGAGCAUCUUAUUUUGCAUAUUGAAAAACAAAGUAUAUCAAACCUGGAAAGUAAAAACUCUUUUGACCAACUAACAAGGAUUGUCUGGAUUGAUUAACCUUUGAAUAUUUAUAAUUCAAGCCAGACGUCUAGUCUUGUUUCUGUUGAAGAGAAAGAUUUAAAUUUGACAACAUCUUCUUGAAGAUAAAAGCACACACACAACUCAUGCUAAAUUUAACAUGUUUACACUGAUGGAUGAACAGGGCUUUCAUUAAUAUGUACCUAAGCUGGAACCAGAGGCGGUUUGCAGAUAUAUAAGAUAAAGUGCUGCUGAGAUGGCACAGACUAAUUGGAGCCCUCACCCACCAGCUGCUGCCUUCAUAUGGGAGACAAAGAGUGGGUGUGGCAGACUCCCUGCAGACUGCCGGGGCAGAGGCUGGAAGGUGGACUAAACCUCCCCCCACCCCCACCUCCUCCUCCUCCUCCUCCUCCUCUUCAUCGCUCCCUGUGCCUGCUCUGUGUUGCCAGCUGGCAGCCCCUGCAGCUACACAAUGGUAGAUAGGAUCAAAGUGACUUUUUUAGCAGUCACUGUUGCGGAUAAUCUUUCACAUGAAUUUAACAUGCUCUGAAUGGGAGUAUAGCGGGGAAGGUCCUGAUCAUAUGACACACUCUAAUCCCUACCCACCAUCUGGUUUUGACGGGUGGGAGUUAAUGGGACCCGCUCUCUGCUGUCUACCUCCAGCGAGAACUGCGUCACCACGACGAGUUUAUUUUCACGGUGACGCCAUCAGAGACCGCUGUGGAUUUGGUGUUUAUAUUUAGAGCCGAGUAGAACUAUUAUACAUCAGGCCACGUGUGAGCUCAAAACAUGUGAGAAAUGUACUCCACCCCUUCUUACGUACACACACACACACACACACACACACACUUAUUGAAUACAAGCGUUGCUAAGUGAGUGUGUGUUCACCCGCUGUUCAAGAUUGCAUAUUUCCUGUGUGAGCUUGAUGGAGAGAUAAGAUUUCAGGAGGUGGGCAAGAUUGUUAGUGGAUUACUCAGAUUGAACUCAACUAAAUUCUUUUCUCUCUCUCUCUGCUUUUCUUUCUCUCUACAGGGAGAAAUACAUCAAUAUCAUUCUUAAAAUGGAGGAAAUGCUCAAGAGCUGGUUCCCUAACAUAAAACUCCAAGACCAACACUCUGACUCUGAGACAGAGGAAGCCGUUCCUACCAAGAAACUGAAGGUAAGCCGUACAAAAGCAGAAGUGUUGCGUAAGAACUCUUGGGUUACACAAGGUCUGCUGCCAAAAACACAUGGUGACGGCGCAGUGAAAAGAGGGACCAAAAUAUCUAUUAUUAUUUAAUUACAGGUGUGGGCCAGAGAAGGGAGGAUUAAAAGCUAUUUUUGCUGAGGUAUUACUGCAGUCUCAGGUUUACUAAGAACAAUGACAGAGGAGAAAAGGUAAUUUUGGAGGAGUGUCGCUAAGGGGAUAAGAAAGGUCACAACGCUCUGGAACAUUCCGUUGCAUUUCAUCGGAGAGGAUUUAUUUCUGUGGCUAAUCCUGACACACCCUUCCAAUAACAGGAAUGUCAUGUUGCUUAUUUCCCAGCCACCAAAAUAAUCUGUUUUCCACUCAAUCGCUGUUUAUACUACAACAGAAUUUCUUCAAAGCUUCUCAAACCACUACUUAGAGAUUAACAAGAAAAAGAAAUCAGUACUUAUAAAGUGAAAAAAGGACUGCUCAUAUUUACAAAUCUACAGAUUAGCGCUUCAUUCUUUAGCUCUUGGCUCUACCGUGGGUUUCAGCUGCAUGGGCUUUUUGUUGUAACGUGGCAGUCUGAAGCGUUUCUGUUUCGACCAAAUCGUUUUGCUCUUAUCAGAGUUGCUUUUGGCCGUCACAGUAAAAAUGUUUUCUGUGAUUAACCCAGCAUGAAGAAGCUGCCCGACAACAAACUGCAGAAAAAUUCAGUUUGCAACAAGAUAAUAAACAUAGUGGAUCGGCUAAGGCUCUGAAUGGUCUGAUUUAAACUCUUAAGUCAGUGUGGUGUUUACAUCUUUUUUGCUCUAACUUCAAAUGGUAUGUAAUUGUUUAAAUUCUGUCAGUUUGAUCUCAGUAAAGGUUGGAGUUACACUUUUGGCUGUGACGGCAAACUCAGUCUCUUUUUUUGAUAUAAAACAAUUAAAUGAAAUUCAACUCUUCCCCAACAGCUUUCUCCAGUGACCGUCACUGCAGCUGUGAGUCCUUUCACCAUCAGUGAGCCUCCAGCCGCCACCAAAGCUCUGAGAGUCACCGACCUUACUCCUCCAGGAGCGUACUCCGCCAGUAACCUGAAAUGGCUCCACACCUCACCCAUCUGCUCCCCAACAGCAGAGCAGGCCCAGGCAGGACCCAGGCACCUGCAGUCCCCCAGAGACAGAGACCUAACGCAGGACAACGCUGUGUCCUCCAGCACAGAUACCCCCACUAAGACAGACUCUGUGCCCAGAGGCCCUCCGCCUGGGAAAAUCAACGCUCCCUGCUUAGAGAGGCUCCUAAAGUCCACAGAAAGCAUCAUCAGCCGCAAGGGAAGUGGAGGUUUGAUGGACAGCAGCUGGUCCUAGUCCACACAGUGAGCUGGGUGUCCAGCUGCAAGCACCUCUCAGCCCAGCCUAGCCUUGCCCACCCUGCCGGGAGCCAGUCAAGCUCGCUUCGCCCAUUCCAGCCUUCAGGGGAGACGGGAGCCUUCAAAAAGGGAUGUCACAGAUUCCUCUUUAAUGUGCAAGGAGUGUUGACGAACAUGUACUCUCUGUACGGGGAAUGUGCCCUCUCUAACAUGACAAGUGUCUGCUUCAGAUCCUUUUUUGUUGACUUCUCUUUCUUUUUUUGUUUGCACCCUUGAAAACCAUGUGUGCGAGUGGGAAAGGAUAGAUGUCACAUGCCGAGAUCACCGGAGUUGGUGAACUCACAACUGAAUUGUUCCCACUGGCUUGUAGAUGCAAUAAUACAGUUUAAGUAUCUGUGAAAAAUACCAUUUUGCCUGAAAGGGAAAUAAUCAGGGAUGCACCGGAAUGAAAAUUUUUGGCCGAAACAAAAACACCGAAAGAAAUUGUUAUACCAGUUAUUAGCACCACUGCGUUUAUGGCUAUAACUGUGUACUAACUUCACUAAAAUCAAGGCAUUGUAAUUGCAUAAAUCAAUAUUAAUUUAUAUAAGACAUUAGAUUAUUAAAUUAUGCAAUUGUAAUGUGAGUUUUUUUGUUUUUGAGUUGCCGCGUGUACUGUGUGGUUUACACCUGUAGAUGGCGCCUGCGAGUCAAGGCCAAAAACAACUUAAAAGGUCUAAAAGAAAUUGAAGUAGCAGGAGUCGAGCAGGAGUUUGCAUCGCAGUGUUGAUUUGUGAUGCAAACUCCUGCUAAGCCUAUGAAUAAAAGUGAAAGGAAGUGAAACACCCCCCCGCCGGCGUCUGCAACAUCUGCCACAGAUGGAGUGGGCGUUUGGGGUGAUUGGGUUGUUCAUUUAAGGUGGUAAAUUAAACCCGACAUGAAGAAACAUUUUGCAGAUGCACCCCCUCUUCAAAUUUUAGCAUUACACGCUAUGCAAAUCGCUAUUCGCAUGUUGGCCCUUAUCUAGACAAGCGCGAGCAUCAUUUCGGCAGUGAUGUUUUGGUAAUUUAAGUGUUUCGGACGAUAAUUUUCUGUGGCCGAAUUUUCGGUGCAUCCCUAGAAAUAAUUGCAGAAGUAGUUUAAGCUGGAAGGGAGUAUUUCAGACAUCCAGACAUGUCAGUGGUCUACAUAUUGUUGUGCUAAAAAUGUGGGUGAAAUGUGAUGUUAUUAUCUCCCUCCCAGACCCCAUGACUCCACUCUUAAGUUAAUUGAUGUGACUGUUACUCAUUUGUAUACUUUAUAAAUAAGUCUUUUGGUACAACUGUUCUACCUCAGUGGACACCACGUCACAGUUAGUGAGUAGGAAUGUGAAAGUAAGGACACCUCACCAGAUCUGCAGUGAGCCAAACGGCCUCUGUUAGCGAGGUCUGCAGUACGUGUCGCUCUGCUCGUACAAAAACAGAGGACACUCUCUCUUUGGGGAUGCUUUUCGUGGCCUGACUGGUGCCAUUGUAAAGAAUGUCAACUGCAGAUUCCUUUUUUUGAGUCUCCCAUUCGAAGGCAAACAGUGCCUGUAACAUCAAGCUGUGCCUGUAAGCCAGUUUGAUAAAAAGAGAGAGAAAAGUUCUGAAUACCUGCUCCUCUGUGGGAUGUACAAAUCAGGAAUUCUUACUCUCCUGCCAUUUUCCUGUAUCGAGUAAAUUAUUCAGAUCUUGCCAACUACUUUCUGUGGUGGAGUAGAACAAUUCUUUUAUUUUGCCACAGAACUGGACAGUAUGUUAGACCAGCAGAGAGGGACAAGGUAUUUCUCUGUGUAAAUCUUACAGGAAGGUUGUCAAUUUACCCUGAAAAGUGGCCUUUAUAGUGUGAAAUUUUAUACUUUCAAAAUAAAUGUGGUUAUCUUUGUUUGAUGCAAAA